AUGAUCAGCCGGAAGUACUGUUGGGUUGUAAGGAGGUAUAAUGGCAGUCACACAUGUACCAGAGCAACAAUUUCUCAGGAUCAUUCUAAGCUGGACUCAAUUACGAUUGUAGAAGCAAUUAAGCCGUUGGUUGAGGCUGACCCCGCCUUAAAGGUAAAAUCGGUUAUAGCAGAGGUGCAAUCGAAGUUCAACUACACUGUUAGCUAUCGGAAAGCAUGGUUGGCUAAGCAAAAGGCAGUGGAAAAAAUAUUUGGUGGCUGGGAGGCAUCGUACGAAGCGUUGCCUAUAUGGUUUGAGGCCAUGUGUCAGAAGGAGCCGUCAGCUGUGGUUCAUUUUGAGACUAUGCCUGCAUAUCAAGGUGAUGACCUGGUGACUGAUAUUCGGGUAUUGCAUCGUGUCUUUUGGAGUUAUUACCCUUGCAUUAGAGCUUUCAGACAUUGUAAGCCAGUUGUCCAGGUCGAUGGGACUCACUUGUACGGAAAGUACAAGGGUUGUCUACUAGUGGCAGUGUCACAGGAUGGCAACAACAAUAUCGUCCCAAUUGCGUUUGCAAUUGUGGAGGGAGAGACUUCAGAUGCGUGGCACUUUUUUCUGAGUAACCUUCGUCAGCACGUUGUCACCCGGGAUGGUGUGGGGCUCAUAUCCGACCGUCACGAAUCCAUAAAUGCAGCUGUGGAAAGGAGUAACGGGGCUUGGUCACCUCCGAGAGCCUUUCAUAUGUUUUGCAUCAGGCAUAUAGAGUCGAAUUUUUUGAGGAAAUUCAAGGCGCCGUACUUGCAGAAACUGGUCGUCAACAUAGGAUAUUCGAGAACGGUGCGUGAGUACGAGGUGCGUUACCAACGUUUACGAGAACGUUGGCUUUUGAUGGUGGAUAUAGAUGGGGUCAUAUGA